AUGACCAUUUCAACCCACGUCGCUAUCUUUAUCACUGAUUAUUCCGAAUUCUGUGCUGAUAAACAUGGUACAUUUGCAGAAUUAAGUGCAAAACUUUUGAAAAAUUCAGGAUUACAAGAGGAAAUCAGAUGCUAUGAUGUUAUCAAAUCACAAUUUCCUACUGAUGAUGAAUUAAAAGAUAUCAAAGCUAUCUGGAUUACUGGUUCAAGAAGUGAUGCAUUUGCUGAUGAACCAUGGAUCUUAAAUUUAAAAACCUUUUUACAAGAUAAGGUUUUAAGUAGAGAAGAUAUUCGUCUAGUUGGGAUUUGCUUUGGUCAUCAAAUCAUUGCUAGAUCGUUAGGCUCAAAAGUUGGUAGAAAUGAUAAAGGUUGGGAAUUAACUGUUGAACCUGUUACUAUAAAUCAAGAUGAAGAAAUUCAAGAGUUACUAAAAGAUUUCCAAGGGCAAUUCAACAUCUUAGAAAGUCAUCAAGAUAUUGUUUACGAAACUCCAAAAGGUUGUAAAAACAUUGGAAGUAGUAAAAGAACAGAGUCUCAAGGUUUUUAUAAAAAAGAUAAAAUUUUGACAUUUCAAGGACAUCCUGAAUUCACCAAAAGCUUUACAGAAGAUGCUUUGGAAAUGAAACUCAAAGAUGGAAAAAUUACACAAGACGCUUAUGAAGAUGCCAUCAAUGUUUUGAAUAACAAUGAACACCACGGUUCCAAGAUCGGUGAAGUUAUCGUUAACUUCAUUCAAUCAGUCUAA